AUGGCAGGCGUGUUGCCUCCUGAGACGGCACCUGCCUCCUCGCUGGCCAAUGCCGCAGCAUGGAGGCAGGAGGAGGUGCUGGAAGACGAGGCCGAGAUUACGCGACAGGACGAUGCCAGACCAGACUGGGCCGUCAUCGAUUUCAAAGACCUAGACAAGCCCCUGGAGAGGGAAGACGAAGACGAUGAGGAGAUAGCGGAGUUUGAGAAAGCCAGGGAUGUCAAGGACGGAUGGUUCGAAGCGCCGGCGCCAGACGAACUAUCUGCAGGCCGUGCGAUCUUCAUCGAACGAGACGAGGAUCAUGCCCCGGAACACAUGGCUCUGCGAGAGAAGGAGCUCACCAGUUUGUGGGCUGAUCAGAACGAUUUGGACGAGGAGGACGCUGCGGCAGAGGAAGUUGGGGUCCUUGACGUCAACGUGCCGAGAACCGCACUGGUGAUCAACAUAUCCUACGUCCUGAAGCGCCUCAACGGCUGCUGUAGCUUGAACCAGUUGGCAAAAGCCCUGAAGUCUUUCAAGGAGAAGACUGGCAUGUCGUUGGAGGUUUUCCUGCGGUCAAAUCCAAGAACCUUCAAGCUUGAGGGCCGGAUCGUGUACCUCUUGGACCGAGACGGGGAGAAGUGGCAGCCUCCAAAGCAGGAACCUGCUGCUGGUGGCCCAGGGCUCGGGAAACGCUUGUGUGAAAGAGCGUGUUCUGAAGCUGCGGGCACGUAG